AACGGCUAAUGUAGCUACAUUGACACGGUAAAAUGAAAGAUAAAAAAAAACGCUUUAAUGUCAGAUUAAUUACAGAUUUCUGACUAAGACUCUAGUGUUAGACUACGCGUUUCCACACAGCGGCGCCAUUAACCUAAAACUCGUUCUCCUCUGGUCUAUUUUUAUCUGGACACACCGAGUGUCAGGUUCCCUGACAGGACAGUCCGCUCUCCUCUCCGCCCGUUGCCUCGCCAUGUUGUCGGGUUAAAUCUGUUGCUCCCGUGUCCUGCAUUUACAGUAAAGUUAACUUUAUUUACCUGUUAAAGAACCAAAAUGUCGAGUGUGUCCUACCACAUCUCCAACUUGUUGGAGAAAAUGACAUCAACUGACAAAGACUUCAGGUUCAUGGCCACGAAUGACCUAAUGCUGGAGCUGCAGAAGGACAGUAUCAAGCUGGACGAGGACAGUGAGAGGAAAGUGGUGACCAUGCUGCUCAAACUACUGGAGGACAAGAAUGGAGAGGUGCAGAACCUGGCUGUCAAAUGCCUGGCCCCUCUGGUUAGUAAAGUGAAAGAGCCUCAGGUGGAGACGAUGGUGGACACGCUGUGCUCAAACAUGACGUCGGACAAGGAGCAGCUGAGAGACAUUUCCAGUAUGGGACUGAAGACUGUGAUUGCUGAGCUCCCGCUGUCUUCAUCAGGGCUAACUCUGACAGCCAGUGUGUGUAAGAAGAUCACCUCCCAGCUGAUCGGUGCUAUGGGGAAACAAGAAGACGUGUCAGUUCAGUUAGAGGCCUUGGACAUCCUGUCAGACAUGUUGGGAAGGCUAAGUGGCACACUGAUCGGUUUUCACAGCUCUCUACUCUCCAGCCUCCUGCCCCAGCUAACUAGCCCCAGAAUGGCGGUCAGGAAGCGCUCCAUCUUGGCUCUCGGUCACCUGGUGCCCUGCUGUAGCCCCGCCCUCUUCUCCCAGCUGACCGAACACCUGUUGACGGAGCUGGCCAAGGGCCCGCCCACAUCAAUGACAAGGACGUACAUCCAGUGCUUGGCAACCAUUAGUCGCCAGGGCGGCCAUCGAGUCGGUGAGCAUUUAGAGAAGCUGAUCCCCAUGGUGGUGAAGUUGACUAGUGUGGAGGAUGACGAGCUCAGAGAAUAUUGUUUUCAGGCCUUUGAAGCCUUUAUACGCAGGUGUCCAAAAGAGAUGUCACCUCACGUAGCCACAGUGACUCAGCUUUGUCUUAAGUUCAUGACGUUCGACCCUAACUACAACUAUGACGACAAUGAGGAAGAGGAGGAGAACAGCAUGGACAUAGAGGAAGGACUUGAAGAAUCGGAUGAAGAGUACAGCGACGAUGACGACAUGAGCUGGAAGGUGCGGCGCUCGUCCAUCAAGUGUUUGGAGGCGCUUAUCAGCUCUCGACGUGACCUCCUCCUUUCCUUCUACUCCUCAAUCUGCCCCGCGCUGCUCGCCCGGUUCAAGGAGCGUGAGGAGAACGUGAGGGCGGACGUAUUCACGGCUUUUUCAACGCUGCUGAGACAAACUAGGGUGGGAUCGGGUCACCACAGCCUCAUCACAACCACAUCCGACCCGGGGACGAGCAGGGAGGACGAGCCGGCAGUUGCUUUACUGAAGAAACAGGUGCCGGUGAUCGUGAAGGCUCUCCACAGACAACUGAAGGAGAAGAGCAUUAAAUCUCGACAGGGCUGCUUCUGUCUCCUCACUGAGCUGGCUCACACUGUACCUGGAGCUCUGGAAGAGCAUAUACCUGCACUAAUACCUGGCAUCGUCUUCUCCCUGACAGACAAGUCCACCUCCUCCACCAUGAGGAUCGAUGCUCUAUCCUUCUUCCACGUCCUCCUCCUCUCCCACCCUCCUAAAGCCUUUCAGCCACACAUGCAGGUGCUGGUGCCUCCGGUGGUGGCGUGUGUUGAAGACACUUUCUAUAAGAUCACCUCGGAGGCUCUGAUGGUCACCCAGCAGCUGGUCAAAGUGAUGAGGCCACAGGGAGCGACCGCCUCAGCUGGAGGAUUCAACCCCAAACCGUUCAUCAAGGAGGUGUUUUCAGUAACCAUGAAAAGACUCAAAGCUACAGACAUCGACCAGGAAGUGAAAGAGCGGGCUAUUUCCUGUAUGGGUCACAUGUUGUGUCACCUUGGCGACCACCUGGCGGCAGAGCUGCAGGGAGUCUUGACGAUCUUUCUGGAGAGAUUAAAAAAUGAGAUAACAAGACUGACAGCGGUCAGGACGAUUACCCUCGUCUGUGCUUCUCCAUUAAAGGUUGACCUGUCACCCAUCCUGCCCGAAGCUUUGUCUGUGUUGGGGUCUUUCUUACGGAAGAACCAACGGGCUCUGAAGCUCGCAACACUGGCAUGCCUCACCUCACUCGUCACACAUCACGCCGCCAGCAUCAAACCUGCAGCCCUGGAGCCCGUCCUGAGUGAACUUCCGGCCCUGGUGGAUGAGAGCGACAUGCAUGUGUCCCAGGUGUCCGUGGCCUUGCUGACCUGCAUGGCCAAAGCCUGCCCCUCGUCUCUGGCUAAGAUCAGCUCCUCUGUUCUACCAGGCGUCUUCAGGCUAGUCCAUUCCCCACUGCUGCAGGGCGGUGUGCUGGCAGCCAUAGUGGACUUCCUGCAGGCUCUGAUGAUGUCCAAAACCAGUAACCUGGGCUACAGUCAGUUGCUGAAGUCGCUCACAGAGCCGUUUCACAGCUCUGGGCCGUCUGCAGACAGCAGCAUCGUCCAUAGACAGUCCUACCACUCUGUCGCUCGCUGUGUGGCUGCUCUGUCAUCCGCUUCUCCCAAAGAGACACCGGGCACCGUGGCCAGCCUCAUACAGGAGGUAAAGAAUCCCGGGUCUUCAGAGUCGGCUCGUGUCCUGGCUCUGUUGUGUCUGGGGGAGGUGGGGAGGAGCGGCAGUCUGGGAGGAAGCAAAGAGGUGCAGGGAGUCAUCUUGGAGGCCUUCUCCUCCACCAGUGAGGAGGUGAAGACAGCAGCCUCCUGUGCGUUAGGCAGCAUGGCGGUGGGCAGCCUGAGCGACUACCUGCCCUUCCUACUGAAAGAGAUCUCAGCUCAGCCACGGAGACAGUACCUGCUCCUACACUCGCUAAAAGAAGUCAUCAGUGCCUGUCCGGCCUCUAGUCUCUCGCCCCACGUGGAGUCUAUCUGGGCCUUACUGUUUCAGAACUGCGAAUGUCAGGAGGAGGGAACCAGGAAUCUAGUGGCUGAAUGUUUGGGAAAACUGACCUUGGUCAACCCUGCACAGCUUCUGCCCAGACUUAAGCAGCAACUUAAAGCUGGUUCUCCUCUGGCUCGCAGCACAGUGGUGACAGCUAUUAAGUUCACUAUCGUCGAUCAUCCUGCUCCCAUAGACUCACUGCUGAAAGACUGUAUAGGUGACUUCCUGAAGACUCUCCAGGACAAGGACAUCAAUGUGCGCCGCGUUGCCUUGGUGAUGUUCAACUCAGCAGCUCAUAACAAACCAUCUCUGAUCCGUGGUCUCCUGGGAGCUGUGCUGCCUCACCUCUACAAGGAGACCCAGAUCAGGAAGGACCUCAUCAGAGAGGUGGAGAUGGGGCCUUUCAAACACACAGUGGAUGAUGGUUUGGAUGUGCGUAAGGCAGCAUUUGAGUGUAUGUACACGCUGCUGGACAGCUGUUUGGAGGGACUGGACGUCCUGCAGUUCCUGGAUCACGUAGAGGAAGGACUCAAAGACCACUAUGAUAUAAGAAUGUUGACCUUCCUGAUGCUGGCCAGACUGGCCUCUCUGUGUCCUGCUGCUGUCCUCCAGAGGCUGGACAGACUGGUGGAGCCGCUUAAAGCUACCUGCACAACCAAGGUGAAGGCGGGCUCCGUGAAGCAGGAGUUCGAGAAGCAGGAAGAGCUGCGGCGCUCGGCCAUGCGCGCUGUUGCCGCCCUGUUGGCGGUGCCCGAGGUGGAGAGGAGCCCCAGCAUGGCCGACUUCGCCAACCAGAUCAGAUCCAACGCUGACAUGGCCUCCAUCUACCAGAGCGUCCAAGGAGGGGAUGGGGGGGGUGUAGGACCCAUGGAGAGCAUGGAUAUGAGCUAGACACCAGCUGGCGAAGAAGGUGUUUUACUGUAAUGUUUUUUUACAGAGGUCACUUGGACACAGCAAAUAAAAAGUGUACUGUGCUGUUCAGAUUUGAUUAAAAAAAAAAAAAAAAACAUUUUAAAAAUCGUGUUUUCCAGCUCUGCUUUGGGCAUUUUAAUACAAAUAUCCUCUCUGGCAAAAAUACAAUUGAUGAGAAUCAUAUGAUGAGCUGAUUCAAAUGAACUUUUUGUUUUUCCAUUUUGUGUUGGUCCCAGUAUGGAAUGGGUGUAAUUUAGUUGAAUAAUAAACUGAAGCAGCAUCUUUCCUUGAUGUUUCACGUUAUCUAAUGGAUUAUUUCAAAAAUGUCAAAAAAUGCAAAAAGUGAACACAUUUGAUGCCAACUAUAUUUUUUAGUGUGGUUUAACCGACAAAAAAUGAGACUUGUGACUUGGGUAGGAUUGCCUGUUAGCUGAAAUGAUUAAUAGUUAAAUUUGAUAUUAGUGACAGUGUGCUUCAUGAGAAGAUUAAGGAAGAUAAUAAUUUGAUAAUUUGUCAUUUCAAAGACCUUGGUGUUCUUCAUCCGUACGUAUAUGUUUUGAUCAUUGUAUUUUCUGUUCAGAAUAGGACAUUAAAAAAUAUAUUUCUGUCUUCUA